AUGAUAAUAGAGAAAAAAAAAAGAAAAAAUGAAACUAGUAUGAAGAAAAGCAACAUUGCUGGUGUACUAUCUCUCCACGACGAAAAAAAACAGCCAUCGAGGAGUAACAGCGUAGGUUCAAAGGAGAACGAGAAUGGCGUCGCCCAGGGGAAGAUGGGACAACCCGGCGGGGGCGCCAAAGCGGACAAAAAGGAAAAGGAUAGCCGAAAGGACAAGCAAAGUACACAAGUCACACGUGACAUAGAAGACGCAAAAGCCAAAGAACGCGUAAAGAACAAGGGGGGAAACAACAAAAAGAGCCCUAACCGGAAGAGCGCCUCCAAAAGCGCGAAGAAGAAGGAUCUGGAUGCUCCCCCAGUGAAACGCACUAAGGGAAGAAUUGGCCAAAGGAAGAACCCAAAGAGAAGGAAGGUCCAAACGAAGCAGCAUAAGGGAGGAGAUGGUCAAACGGAGCAGCAGGCAGGAGGAGGAGACCACACGGAGCAGCAGACAGGAGGAGGAGACCACACGGAGAAGCAGACCGGAGGAGGAGACCAAACGGAGCAGCAGACAGGAGGAGGAGACCAAACGGAGCAACCAAGCAUUAAAAGAGAACACUCAUCCAAACGAAUAAGCUCCGCAAACAACAAAGGGGAAGGAGAAUCUGCGCCAAAUGAAAGAAGCCUGAUGGCCAUUAGCCCCAGCCAGCUAAGCUUGGCUUCUUCGAAAAGGGGAGAAGCAGGAGGGGGGAGGAAUAACAGCACCAUCAUAGAGGUCACUCCGUCAGGCAGCAUCGACCAAAGUCGCAUAGAAAUAAAUGGCAUACGCCUCGGGAGCGGUGCGAGCUCCAUCUUCCACCUGAGCCAAAGUGCAAAAUGGGGGGACGACCGGGAGUCCCACGGCCUCAGCGUCAGUCCCAGCACCAGUCGUGCUAGCAGUCGCGCUAGCAGUCGAGACGAUAGUCCCUUUUUCAGCCGUGAAGUUAGUCGGGAUGCAACUCAGUUGGACAUUCUUUUAGCCACUCGGUUGGAUAUCCUGUUAGCAACUCUGUUGGACAUUCUUUUAGCCACUCGGUUGGAUAUCCUGUUAGCAACUCUGUUGGACAUUCUGCUAGCCAUUCGGUUCAACGGAGGCAUCAACGGAGGCAUCAGCGGAGGCAUCAGCGGAGGCAUCGGCGGUGACAGUAAUGCCCAGGGACACAACCAACCCGAGGACACCUACGGAAAGAGCCUAUUCUGCGAACUCACGGAGGCCCUGCGAAACGAUUCCACGCCAGCAAAUGAAAAGAGCAACAUAAGCAUUCGACUCAAGGCCGAGGAGGAGGAACUUCAAAUAAGUAUGAACGAAAGGACUGCGCAUAAGUUGGGUAUUCAAAAGAACAGCUCGAAGAGGUCUAUCGAUUUGCUUCAUUUGGAGAAGGAUUUAAAGACUAAUUCUAAAUCUAAAUCCAAGGGGAGUGUCAAAAUGGGAAAGGAAAAGGGCACUAAGGAAAAGGGCACUAAGGCAAUGGGCACUUUGAGGAGCUCCAGGAAGGGGAGGCAGCAGGGUGCUAAGCUUCGCGUCAAAGCGAAGGGGAAUAGGCUAGCCAGCCGUAGGAAGCGGUAUCGGUAAAUGAGAAAAAAGGACGCGGCGGGUAGUGGAAGGACAAAAUUAAUUGUCCCCCCAGAGGUGAAGAGGCCAAGCAGGAGGGGAAGAACGGGCAAGGCGGAUGAGCCGGGGGGGAGAAAGGACCCAAGGAAAGGGGAGAAGGGGGUAGCGAAGCUGGAACAGAAGGUGGUAAAAAGGGUGGUAAAAAGGGAGGCAAAAAAGGAGGUAAAAAGGGAGGCAAAAAAGGAGACAAAAAAGGAGACAAAAAAGGAGACAGAAAAGGAGGCCACGAAAGAAGAUGGACAAAAAUCCGAUAAGACGAAGAAGGAGAAAAGAAAGAACAUAGAGGAGUCGAACAAAAUGGGCAUUGAAGCAGCGAACAAAAUGGGCAUUGAAGCAGCGAACAAAAUGAGCAGAGAGGCAUCGAACAAAAUGGGCAGAGAGGCAUCGAACAAAAUGGGCAUUGAAGCAGCGAACAAAAUGGGCAGAGAGGAAGCGAACAAAAUGGGCAGAGAGGCAUCGAACAAAAUGGGCAUUGAAGCAGCGAACAAAAUGAGCGUAGAGGAAGUGACCGUCGAGAAGGAAAACGAAGGGGGGGAGGGGGAGAAGGCGAAUGCAGAAGUGGCAGGCGCGGGAGAAGUGGCAGGCGCGGGAGAAGAGGCAGACGCGGGAGAAGAGGCAGACGCGGGAGAAGAGGCAGAAGCGGGAGGAAAGUCAGGCCGCAUGGAGGAGGGAGAGAAAAUCUUAGAGACAACGGAGGACCCAGGAGAGGAAAGAACCCCAGAGGAAGGGACCCAAAAGGAAGAAGAAAAUGAACUGCAAGUGGAGCCUCCAAUGAAAGACGGACGUGCAAAUGUCACAGAUUUCAACGAUGGGCAGCACAAAGGAGAGGGAACAAAAACGGUGGAAAAUUGCCAAGAAAAGGAAGCUGUGGUGGGGAAAUCAGACGAUAAAGAAAAGGUAGCAGUGAAGAAAAAAAUUAAAACCAGGACAGGGGUGAAGAUACGGCAGAAGGAAAAGGAUGUUCGAGGGCAUGUCGUGGAUGAACAUGCGUCUGUUGUGGAUGGGGGAGAAGGGAUGAGAGAAGCCACUAAACGGUGUGUCAACACAAGGGAGGAUAAAGCAUCACUCCAGUUAUCCGUAGAGCAGAAAAGAAUCACCAAAAGGAAACACAGCAAAGUGGAUAGAAUUCUGCAGAAGUAUGUACACAUGAAGGAGGAAGAAGCCGCAGCGAAGAGAGCAUCAACAUGGGAUGAUGUCCCACAUGACUUGCUAAAUGUAGAAGGAAGGAAAUUCAAAAUUGAUGUCAUUGAUUUUGUAGGAAAUAUAAGAGAAGGAGAAAAUUGCAUUCAUGAAGAUAUUCUAUUCUUCUUUGAUUCGUAUGAAAAUAAAUUAAAAAAAAAUGUCUUAUCCUUAAUUAAGAGGCUGUUCAAAUGUGAGCACUUUGAAUUAGACGGUAUUAGAUUAGUUCUGCAGAUCCUUGACAAAAUUGCAGAUAAACUGAUGAAGGAAAUUAAGUUAGAGCAGAUAGUGAGAUGCUUCUCUCAGGUGACACAGUCAACAGGUGAUGGACAUACAGCUGGGAAGGGGACAAUUACGCAAAAGAUGAGCAGCAAAGCUGGAGAUGGAACUUAUUCAGAAGGGAACACAUAUCGAUUCGCACCAAAUGAGAUACACCUGAACAAGUACAGAAAUAAAUUAUAUAAUAUUAUUUUCAGUCCGAGGAGAGGACAAGGGCUGAACCCUUCCAUCCUCUACUUCAUUCAGCAGUGGAACGAUAAUGCUAUGUUGAUCAUGCUGCGGGAUAAGCUGGAAGAGAUUCAACAGAGGAAGAUGUUGCCGCUGAGGAGCGCCAUUCCUCUGUCAUGUUUUAAAUUGCUAAAGCGUAAAGUUAUGAGUAACUUGAUUAGUACCUGUUGCAUGACUACUAGCCAUGAUAUGUGUGGUGGGGAUUUUUCCGUCCCCUUUCCGGCGCUCCCCUCACGGCGAGCGCUGGGCAAUGAAGGGGGCGACUACUUCGUGAAGGUCGGCGAUGCGAUUCGCGUGCUGGCGUCCAAGUAG